GAAAAAAUGGAAAAAUCAGAAAAACUGGAUAAACCUUUAAUUGACAUUAAUAAUAAUAAUAAAAAUCCAAAUCCACGCAAAAUAUCACGAACUCAACAAAAGCCUAUUUUCCAUACUCAGUUAAGCGAUCAACAAAAUGGUACUCAAAUUUUUUCAAUUUUAUUAACCCUUCUGACCCGCUUUAGUUUUUACUCACCUUUUCACGAAUAA